AUGGACCAUAUGUAUUCUAGGAUAGGAGAAAUGUCAACAAAAAUGCCAAGCAUUAAACUGAAAAUUGAUCCUCGGGAUCUGCAGAUCCAGACGUUUACAGUGGAGAAAUUAUUGGAGCCAUUGAUAAUUCAGGUUACAACACUAGUGAACUGCCCACAGAAUCCUUCCAGUAAGAAAAAGGGCCGUUCCAAAAGAGCUCGUGUCUUGCUAGCUUCGGUCGAAGAAGCCACUUGCAAUCUGUUGGACAAAGGGGAAAAAAUUGCCAAGGAAGCAAUGGUGUUUAAAGAGGAACUUCAUGCAGCACUCGCUGAUGUCCAGAAAGAGAGUCAAGCCUUAAAGAUAUCAGCAGAAGAAUUUACCAGUGAUCCCUGCUAUCUGCCUAAGAGGCAGGCUGUUGUCCAAGCAGCACGAUCACUGCUUACAGCUGUUACAAGGCUUCUCAUCCUGGCAGACAUGGUUGAUGUGGCAUACUUGCUGGAACACUUAACUGUGUUUCAACGAACAUUUGAAUCUUUAAGAACUGUAUCCAGUAAAUUUGAUCUGCAGAAAACCUACCAGAAGUUUCGAAAAGAUCUGGAAAAUCUUGAUUAUUUGGCAUACAAACGUCAGCAGGAUUUGAAAUCUAGCAAUCAGCGAGAUGAAAUUGCCGCAGCACGUGCCUCCCUGAAGGAAAAUUCCUCUCUGCUACAUUCAAUAUGUUCGGCUUGUUUGGAACAUUCAGAUGUUGCAUCCCUUACAGCUAGCAAGGAUUCAAUUUGCAAUGAAAUACAGAAUGCUCUCGAUGUAAUUUCUAACGCGUCCCAAGGAGUUGGAAAUAAAAUGGGACGAUCUACAUCUCACCAAGCUGCGCUGGGAAGUGCCCUUGAUGAGCUUGAGAAUUUAAUUAUCAUGGAUCCUCUUGUAGUGAAUGAAGAACAAAUAAGGCCAUCACUGGAGAAACGUCUGGAAGCUAUUAUCAGUGGAGCAGCUUUGCUGGCUGAUUCUUCCUGCACGCGUGAUUUUCAUCGGGAACGCAUCAUUGCUGAAUGCAAUGCUAUCCGCCAAGCUCUCCAAGACUUGCUUUCUGAGUACCUCAACAAUGUAAGUAACCAGACAUUUAUCUUUUGUUUUAAAAAUGUCUUUCUCAAAGUCUAUUUUAGUGUAUAUUAG